CACUCCAGGAAAUCAAAGGCUGAAACAAACGUGCGCGCGCCGCCGGUAUGACCUACACAGUUCCUGACUGCACUGCUUUCCCAUUGACAUUCAGUAUGUUCAUAUUCCAAUAACAAUACACGCAUUACAGCCCGUUUAUUACCAUAUUCUGUGUGAACACUGCUGAGCUGUGGAGGCUAAAAUGGACCUGAACCUGGAAUACUGGCAGAGUAAUGAGCGGACUUUCCUGGACAGACUUCGCCUGUGGUCCAAGCUACUGGACCCCAGCUGCCUGACGGCUUCUGAUGCUGAAAUUGAAAAUGCACGUGGUUUACUCAAAAGUGACACAAAGCAACACGAGAAGGACAAAGUUGAUCAUGCCUGGACACUCUCUUUGUCCUCUGUCCAUGCUGAUAGUGGAGCACCGAUUCCCCCAGUGUAUCGACCUCAAGCUUUUCUGCCCUUAGCAGGUCCAUUGGUUGUUGGAAGUUUAUUGCCCCAUAAGACGGUCAAGUCCGCCCUGUUCUGGCAUUUUAUGCUCCAUGGCUACUGUGCUGGAUUUAACCAUGUCAACAGAAAUACAACCUCAACACCGGAUCAUAAAACAUCUACAAAGCAGUCUUUUCUAAUUGCUGGAGCAGCUGCGUAUGGUAUGAUUGCAGGGGCCAUUCCUCAAGUCAUAGUUAAUCGUCUGAAUGUCAUUGACCCCAUGGCUCUGACCUUCUGCAGGACACUGCUGCCUAUUCCUAUUUCAGUUCUUUUGGCCGGCUACACUUUGAUGGUGGUGAGAAGUGAGGAAAUAGACAAAGGAAUACAAGUCUUUGAUUCUAAUGGGAAUUCAGUUGGUUUGUCAAAGGAGGCUGGAUAUCAGGCUGUUUUUCAGACUGCAGUAUCCCGAGCCACCCUAUUUGGCACCACUGCAAUACUGCCUAAUGUACUUAUUCACUAUCUAAGAAGGGCAAACUUUUUCCAAAGGAAUCCAGUGAUUAUUGCUCCUGUUAAGCAUUUUAGUAUGAUCAUGGUCUUUGGCUUGAUGAUCCCUGUGUCCUUCAGUCUGUUCCCACAACUUGGCAAGAUUGAAAGGAGGAAACUGGAAAGUGACCUACAGGCCUUAACCGAAGAUAAACAGCUGUUUUACCAUAGAGGACUGUAAAAGCCAGGUCAUGCCCUACUUGCAGGACAUUAGCUGCUAACAGCACAUAACUGUCUGUACAAGUUCGGUACAAGUGCUGUAUAGACCCCCCCGGGGCAAGCUAAAACAACCUGAAGAGCGUAAUGAAGCAGUGAUAGAAACGUUAGCCUGUUUAGUGUGUUUCCACACAAACACACAAAAAAACGAGUUCACAUUGUCCUCAUCCAGUCCAGCAUUAUGUUCCAUGAGCUGAAAUAUAUUAAAGUCAGAAGAAAUGCUCUUA